UAGGCUCUGGGUCUGGCGUCUCCCUGCACGAGAGUCUUGGGAAUGACCCCCGUCCGUGGGGCGAGGCAGCUUUUGCUUACACACGAGCUUGGCACCUUUGAUCCUGGGGCUCUUCCCACGCCUGCAGGGCGCAGAGCUGCCAAGCCGAAGUCAGCACGGCGUCACCCGUCGAGGGUGGGGUGGCCAGAUCGCCCAGCCCGCCCACCUGCCCGCCCGCUGGAGACCAAGGAUGGAGGCAUGGCGGGGUCUCUUCUGCCUCACGCUCCUGUGUGUUCUGCUGCAUGUCCGAGGUGAGAAUGGGGACUUUGAUUUGGCUGAUGCUCUCGAUGACCCCAAGCCCACCAAGAAGCCCAGCUCAGGUAUCUACCCCAACCCGAGGCCCCCCUACCAGCCACAGCCUGGAAAUCCCAACAACGGUGGAAAUAUCUACCCAAGGACGAAGCCACUGCCUCCUCGCCCGCAGCCUGGUAACAGUGGAGGCUUCCUGAGCGACUCGGACCUCAUCGACGGCAGCCGCUACCCGCCCAGGCCGCCCGCAGGAGGCGGCGGUGGCGGGUUCCAGCCGGGGCACGACGGCUACGGGCGAGGAGGGCGCAACAUACCCGGCUCACCUGGCAUUAAUUAUGGAGGCGGCGGUGGCGGGUUCCAGCCGGGGCACGACGGCUACGGGCGAGGAGGGCGCAACAUACCCGGCUCACCUGGCAUUAAUUAUGGAGGCGGCGGUGGCGGGUUCCAGCCGGGGCACGACGGCUACGGGCGAGGAGGGCGCAACAUACCCGGCUCACCUGGCAUUAAUUAUGGAGGCGGCGGUGGCGGGUUCCAGCCGGGGCACGACGGCUACGGGCAAGGAGGGCGCAACAGACUCCGCUUCCCUGGCAUUUAUUAUGGUGGAGCCGGCCACUCCACACCCGGCAACCAGCAAGGCAACAUGAUAGCGAAAAUUGUAUCGCCCAUCGUCUCCAUGGUGGUGGUGACCCUGAUCGGGCUGGCGGUCAGGCACUAUAACCAGAGGAGAAACUCUCUCAGGACAAACGAACCACGGACCAUCUGAGGUCUUCAAAAUCCACCUGCCGCUCUGAGAAAACCUCCCUUCAGAUGACAACCCUGUCGAUCCUGUGGAACGUUCCUUUUCAUUCUUGGCUUCACUCGCUGCCCUGGAGGGUCUUCUCUUCUGUCUGCAAUACACGUGCUGCCCCACAAAAAAGGGGGCUCCUCAUUCCUCAGAUACACCGAUGGGAACGAGGUGGACAGCUGGAUCUCGGAUUGUAAAGAGAUUGCUUGAUCUGUGGGUUCCACCGGCCAUGCGGGCUGAGAGGUUCCGACUCUGGUCUGAGCUCUGGAGUAUGUCCUGCUGGGACCACAGGCCACUGACGUGGUCAGAGAACACAGGAGCCUGGAGAAUAGCUGGGGGUCUCGGGUGGGGCUGCCGUGGAGGACUUCCGAAGGAUGGAUGCUGCUUGGGUUUCUAGCAAGCUGGGGAGACAAGCUUAGCUGAGGCUACAGCUUCCUUGCAAAAGUGAAAGUGUUAGUCACUCAGUGGCAACUGACUCUUUGUGACCCCCUAGACUGUAGCCCACCAGGCUGCUCUGUCCAUGGGGAUUCUCCGGGCGAGAAUCCUGGAGUGGGUUGCCAUGCCCUCCUCCAGGGGAUCUUUCCUGACCCAGGGAUCCAGCCUGGGUCUCCCGCAUUGCAGGCAUAUGCUUUACCAUUUGAGCCACCAGGGAAACUAAGCACCUUUAGUUAACGUCAGGAAUCCAGACCUGUUCACCACCGCCUGUGAAUCAGGAAUGAAUGUGUUUCUACCCUAAGGGCAGCAUUUGACCUUUAUCUCAGCUGACAAAAGUAUUAUCACCUGCAGAGGAUGAGGCUGGAUUUCUGGAAAUUUAAGUGCAAGGCCCAUGAUGUGGAAACCUGCUUGGGGAGAGAUCUUGGGGUGUUUUGGUUUUUUUGCCAUGAAAUUGUAUGGUUUCUACUAUUUUUUCAGAACGAGGGAUAGAGAUUUUGAGAUGUCGAGACCCUUUUGUAUUAUUUUUGGUCUUGGACCCUCUGUGGGUACCAGUUCUUAACACAACGUCAGCGCUUUCCUUGGUGUAUACUUUUCUUUGUCCUGGACUAACUGUCUACCCUCAGCAUCUAAAAAGUAGACCAGCUGCUUGCUUGGGUUUCAGUCAUUCUUUAGGGGAGAGGAGAGAAUGGGUAGUUUGGGCAGACUAGUGUAGUCUGAUGGACUGAGAUCAACGCUGAUAGAACGUUUAGGGUUUGAGUAUCGGAACCAAAGAGGAGGAUGGUCAUUAGAGUCUGGAACGCAGAAAGAUGAUGCACGGAAAUCCUAGAUAUUCAUGUGUGGGUGCUCCCCCUUAGAUACCUGCACCCCAGCGUUCACUGCAGCACUGUCCCCAGUAGCCAAGGCAGGGGACGCCUAGGAGUCCAUCAACGGAGGAAUGGCUCAAGACGAUGUGGUACAUGUGUACAGAUGGAAUAUUACUCGGCCACGAACAAGAAUGCACCCAUGCCGUAUGCAGCAACAUGGGUGGACCUGGGGAGUAUUGCCGUAAGUGACGUAAGUCUGUGGAACACACAUACCCUAUGAUAUCACUUACGUGUGGAAUCUAAGAAAACGGAUACAAAUGAACUUAUUUACAAAACAGGGAUAGACUCAUGGACAUACAAAACGAACUCCUGGUCACCAAAGGGGAGAGCGUGGAGGCAUAAAUUAGGAGUUUGGGAUGAAGAGAUACACGAUACCAUAUGUAGAAUAGAUAAACAGCAAGGUCUUACUUGAUAGCACAGGGAACUCUACUCAAAAUGUGGUAAUAAAUGAUCCUGGAAAAGAA